AUGAAUAUCGCACCGUCGACCAAAAUCUUCCUGCAAACCCAAAGACGAUUCUGGGAGGACGAACACUACAAUAUCCAAGGUGGCUUUUCCAAGACCAACCUCCCUAUCGGCCAAAUACAUUACGUCAAGCCGGACCCGAAAUAUGUCAAAUCCACGAAGCAAGGAAUAAUUAUGGUUUACAUUUGGAACAAUGACGCACUGAUUUUUGGUUCCUUGAGGCCUGAUCAAGUUAAACAGGAGGCAAUUGAACAAAUCGCAAAAAUCCACCCGGAAAUCAAGAAGGAAAAUAUGGUUGAAAAGUCUGUGGUCCAUGCUUGGUACAACAAGCCCUCUUAUCAAGGUGCCUUUGGCUUUUUGAAGACCAGUCAGUUUAACAAUGUCAGGUAGGACUCAGAGGAAAAUUGUAUUUAUCUCGCACAAAACCAAUUCCUAAUGCUUGACAUUUGUGAUAUGAAGAUUUUAAUCAAUUUAUUACUGUAAUUUAAAUCAAUCUCAAAUGAAGGGAUGAUUUCCAUGCCGCACUCAACCUUCAUAUAAAUUCAUGCGCCUUUCCUGUAGUUAAACCGAAAGAAUGCGACCAAAAAAUUGGCAACCAAAAACUAGAUUUUGUUUCCACGCAAUUUGUAUUUCCAAUCAUUUUUACUCUCCCCAUAUUAUUAAACAAAGUCUGAAAUUAUCGAUUGAUAUAUUACAGUGAUUUUGUUUCGUUAGUGCAGUAGCUUGAUGACGUUAAAUUUUUGUAAAACCGUCAUAGUUUGGAAAAGCAGAUAUUUUCUCAAUGAAAUAUCUCUGCGACCCACAUACCACAAAAUAUUACACACUCAAUGUCUGCUCCGGCGGAAAAUAGUUUGUUUAUAGUUUUCCCGAGAGUCUCAAUGCUUCCCGAGAGGAAGUCGGGGGAAACAUUGAGAGCUAACUAUAUCCCAGGGGAACAGACGCGACAAACAAAAAUCAACAUUGAACAACAUUCAUACAACAAUUGUAUUUCGUAACAAAAACUCUACAGUAUAGUGCAAACGAGUUUAAAAUUAAAAGAACCUACUUAAACCGUUUCAAGGUCGGGGCGGACAACAAUUUUUCACUUUUUUUUACAUUGCAUUUAUCUGAAGUCAUGUGACCACAAAUCAGCCAAUUACGUUUGGUGUUCACCCUUGCUAUAUAACAAAAGUAUUGUAAAUUGAUACCUACUUGCUUCCAUUGUUAUUGAACGACUCUUUCGCCCAACUAGAGUGGAAAUGGUCUGAAACUACUAUUUUCGGACUUAUUGAUUACCGUGUUAAUUAAAAUCGCCUUACCGUGUUAAUUAAAAUUUGUAUUAAUUAAAAUCUGUUGUUUCUGUUUCAUCUUCUUGGUUCAGUGUUGUAAACAACUUAGUAUUAAUUUUUCUGUGUGUGAUUUUAUGUUACGUACUCAGGUGAAUAUAAUGUUUCUUGAUAUUACUCUGAGUGUGUAUCCACACCGGACAACCUGAAAAGUUUGCAUGACUACGCUUGUUCAGGGUAUCGAACCCGCGAUUUUGGGGAUAUUAGCCAAUGCUCUGCUAACUGAGCUACGAGUGUGUGGUAUUUCGGAACUAAGUCUAUAGUGCAUUCGAUAACAAUGUGUUCUUAUGAUCAAGAUAUUUUAUUUGUCAUGUUCGAUCAGGAUAAUCUUCGCGCUAUUUUUAAUUUCAAUCCGCACCACUCACUUAGUCGAUAACAUAUAAUAUAUGUAUCUUUUAUUCAUCGAUAUUUAUUUUUAUUUCUUCGUAAUUUAGAACUUUGUGGGAACCCAUGGGUAACGUACAUUUCGCUGGAGAAACCAUAUCAUUUGCCGCUGGUUGGAUUCAAGGUGCCUUGGAGAGUGGCCUCAAAGCCGCAUAUCAAGUUUACGCCCGUGGCAAGAAGAGAACACCCGGAAGUAAUUGACAUUAAAUCAUUUUUAGAAGAGAAAUAAUUGACAUUAAAUCAUUUUUAGAUAAUUAGGUUUCAACAAUGCACGAUGUAUUUACUUUGAUGGCCUUCAAAUAUUGACAGUCGUCGAAUUAAAUAACUUGAACAAAAUGAGUAAUUUUUGAAAUUUGUUAUGCA